UUAGCCGAGGCCCACAAAACUUAUUAGGUUGUGCUUUUAAUACUUUUGUUGGUUUAUAGAAUAUGCAUCUAAGUUGGUACAUUAUCGUGUUUGUCUCUUCCCAUGCACACACUCAUUCCUAUGUUGGACCUCACACUGAUUUGGACUACUGUAGGAGGUGAGCUUCUUAUGGGUACUCAAUGUCCACACACUAAAAUGGUUCAGCUGCAAUGUGUACGGAUGUACUGGUUACCUAGCGUGACUAGUGUGUCCCUUGUCCUCUAGAGCUGACCCUCUCCCUCGUAUAGGGUAGACCACGGCUACGAGGACGAUAUCAGCUUCCCAGUUUGUGGUUACCCCAGGUGUAGGCCAGGGCACAUUACACAUGCUCCAAACUUGCCCAAAAUGUUUGUACUGACUAACUUUCCUAAAUCUGCAUGUACGUAAAUUUCCGAACAGUAACCUUGUACUAUUUGUAGUCCCAUUAUUUUUACGCACAAUUUAGAAACACCACACAUGUACAUGCAUCGUGUACAUUGUGUACAUGUAAAUUCCCCAACUAAUUAAGUUCUUGGUUUCUCAAGAUUGUUCCCAAGAGCUUUAAUGUGCCAGGUCUAGAUGUAUUCCACUUGUUGCUAUGUGUAGUCAGUCCCAUACACACCAGCGUUCAACUGAUCUGAUGUCUUGUAUGUGUGUUAAGAUUAAAUCUCUCCCUCACAUGUACCAUUUGAUGUGUCUCAGGGUCGCAUUGAGGGCGUGAGUUUAUUAUUGUCAGUGUGCGCUAGCUGAGCAUUGUAUAUUUAAUGGCAAACUAGACUGACUUGUGUACAUGUACUACUGCAUGAAGGCAGAUAUUGUGUGGCUUUAUUUAGGAUUGGUACUGCUCUUGAUAGUUUCAUGCUGUACAGACGUGUACUUGCAAUAAUUGAUGUAUACAUGUGUGAAUGCAUUCGUGUAUUUGAACAUGUUCAUUUCUCUACAUAUCCGUGUCCUACUACUUGUUAAUGUGACUACUGCUAAUGAUUACUGGAACAACAGAGGGUAAGUUACAGUAUACAGACAUGUAUGAAUGCACUCACUGCUCCUACCAUCAUCCCCCUCUCUCUGUUUCCAUGUGUGUCUUAUGCUGGUGUCUCAUUGGACUAAACAGAAGGUGAGCGGGACACUGCACUGACUUGUGACUGUACUUGUGUCAGUAAUGUUUGAGUUGUACGUAUGAGAACAUGCCGUGUAAUAUAAAUUAUUGACAUCAUAGUGUACAGGUUUGUGAUUAUAUUCUUUUCUCUCCAUACAUUUCCAUGGUUACUGAAUAUCUGGAACAAUAGAACUGGAAGGCUAAGGAGGAGAGUGAACUGAAGAGUUACGAGACGAGAAGAGCUGCCCUCCAACAGAGACUGUCUGAUGACAUCACUGACCAAGACCGGAGACAACUGCAGGGAGAGCUGGAGGAGGUGGAGGGGAAGAUCAAGAAGUGUGUCUUAGAGAUACAAGAGUGUGAGAGGUUCAUACAUUACAGUGAGAAUAGGAUUGCUGAGAUACGAGGAAGGCCAGAGGAGAGGCAGAGAAAGGAAGAAUCAAAGCGGUUGUUUGAUGAGGGGAUGAAGCACGGACACGUCUUGGUCAACAUUGUCAACAUGCUCGUGUUUGGACCGGCGGGAACAGGGAAGACCAACCUCAAGCACCUGCUAACUGACAAGCCCCCUCCACUACAGCGAGACAGCACUCCUUGUAUGGAAAAGCCAGUACGCAUUCGACCCGUGUCUAAUGAAAAAUUCAGGUCAACUGGAAGAGGCUGGGAAGAGAUGUCUCAGCCAAAGCUGCGUAAGCUACUAGCUCAAAUCAUCGCCAAACUACCAAAAGAAAGCACCGAUCCAUCCUCGGCAUUAAGGGUUGCCGAGAGCUUGAAGAAGAUGACCACAACCGAGCUAAUUUCUGUUUCUGAUGAGCCAAUUUCUGGUUUCAAAUCGACUCCAUCGAGCAACGAUUCCGUCGCACUUUCUGGCUCUGCAAGAAGGUUGGACAGAGCUAUCAAUAAAGUGAUAGCGAGUGUAGUGAGUGGUGUGGCAGAAGAGCUGAAGCCAGCCACACAGGGAACUGACCAACUGUCGAGCAGUGACCAGCAAGAAGGAGAACUGUUUGAUUCCAACUGGGUGUACGUUACCGACUGCGGCGGACAACCCCAAUUCCACGACAUCAGCCCUCUCUUCAUCAAGCACAUUUCAGUGGCGUUGAUAGUCCUGCGUUUGAUUGACGAACUCUCCAGUUUCCCUACUGACGAGUACUACAAGGAUGGGAAGCUUGUUGGUAGUCCUCAUGCAUCUCACAUGACCCUCAGGGAGACACUUCAGAGUCUCAUUCGAUCCAUUGAGUCCCAUACCUCACAAGACAAGAAGCCGAAGAUGAUCUUUGUUGGCACGUUCUUAGAUCAGCUCAAGAGCUUGGAUACUCUUAUCAAGAGGAAUCAAGAGGUUCUCGACAUGCUGCCACCCGAUAGCAAGAAGCUAUUGGUGUACAACAAUCUUGCAUUGAACAAUCUGAUUUUUGAUCUCAACACGAUCAGCCGAGAUGAAGAUUCACUGGCCACUGCCAAUAGGAUUAGAAUAGCUAUUGAGCGUUCUAUUCCGCUACAAGUCAAAAUGCCUAUCUGGUGGUCCUUCUUGGAUUCACUUCUCCAGAGUUUAUCUGCCACUCUCGAGCGAGGUGUACUGAGCAAGCAAGAAUGUCUCCGAUUAGCCACUCGAUUUCAUUACGUGCUCCAAGAUCUUGAAGCUGCUCUGGUCUUCUUUGACAACGUGUGUAUAGCGCACUACUAUCCCUCCAUUCUCCCCAACACAGUGUUUGUGGAUGCCCAGAUUCCACUAGACAAGAUCACCGAGCUCUCACAGCACGCCAUCUCCCUGAGGAAUGCUGAAGUCAAAUCACGCUCUACUCUAAGUACAAGAGGGAUCGAGGCCGAAUGGAAGAGAUUUCGAGACGAAGGCAUAAUCAAUUUAAAGUUCCUACGAUUCUUUGAGAAGCAUUACGUUAAAGGCAUCUUUUCUCCAGAAGAUAUGCUGUUGAUCAUGAAAGAGCUUCUCGUGAUUGCUCCCAUUCCACUAGUGGAGUCCACUCUCCACCAAGCCGAGUUCUUCAUGCCAUCUCUACUCAAAUCCAUCCCACCUGCUGAGCUAGAUAAAAUCCGUUCCUCCUUCACAAUAGCGCCCCUCGCUAUCUACUUUCGUAGUGGGUGUAUUCGCUCUGGAGUCUUUUGCUGUCUAGUUGUGGACGUGAUCAAGAGGGUGGGCUGGAAAGUUUUGCUCCCUUCAGGCGAAACAAGCAUUUUUGCUAAAAAUUGUAUCCAGUAUGAAAUCUCCGAUCUCCCGUGUACCGUGACUCUGAUCGACUCCUUCUCAUAUAUGGAAGUGUAUAUCGACGUCCCUGUUUCUCUUCGCAAUGAAGUAUGCCCUAUGAUUCGAAACGAAAUUUUGCACAGCAUUAAAUUGUCGUGUGCAGUGUUGCAUUACAACAACGACACACCCAAGACAGCCAUCUUUUGCCCAUGCAAGAAGAGCACUGGCAAAUUGCACCUUGCUGAUGUGAUCGAACGGAGUGGCUGUAAGUUUUGGAAGUGCUCCCUUCAGACACGUGUGUGGGGAGAUCUCAGUGAUGAACAUAGAAUCUGGCUGGACAAUAGCGAAGGUUCUGGUGCAUCAGCCUCUGUUACGGGAGACAUGUGUACAAAGAUGACAUUGAGUGAUCAGCAGCAACAAUCUGGUGAAGCCUCCUCAGAUGUGAACACUGACAGAAAGAGACAUCAGCUGCAAUACUCCGGUCCAUCGUCCCCUGUAAUGGAACCUGUGUGUAGAAUGAGUGAUCAAUAUACCAGAAAACCAUCGUCUGCUACGGGAGAUACUCUUAUGAAGACUGAGAGAAAGAGUCAUCAGCAGCAAUACUCCGGUGAAUUGUCCUCUGUUACAGUAAUGGAAGAUGUGUGUAAGAAGACUGGAGUGAGAGACCAACAACUCAAUCAAGAAAUCCCUGAGAGUGACAUCAUUCUUAUCGCGGAGAAAUUUCCUCACCUGCUGAACGUGCACAAGGCUUUGACAAUGACCGAUCUACAACAUGUUUACGAGAAACUUAAAAGUGCCAGCCCUCACUGGUUCAAUCUGGGAUUGGCUUUAGGUCUCAGUCAUUUUGUUCUCACCAACAUUGAUAGCGAGCAUCGUGGAAAUAAUGUAUCGUGCUUGCGUGAAAUGUUGGCCAAGCUCCUGAGUACACAACAUGUAACAUGGAGUCUCCUAUCAGAUGGUCUCAAAAGGCCCACUGUGGAUCUCAUCAAUUUGGCUGAUAGCAUCACAGACAAAUUGUCUCCUGCAAUGGAACAUGUGUGUAUUAAGAAGACGGUGAUGAGUGAUCAACAGCUAUAUACCAACACAGCUGCUGAUGUCACUGAAGGAAAGACCUCACAAGAUGUCCUCACUUCAUAUCCACACACCAUUCCCUCAGGAGCUGGUGGACCGAGGACUGUGACCAUUGAGGAAUUGAAGGAGCAUACAAAAGUGACCGACUCUCAACUUGACACUGAAAUUGAAAAGAGAGACAUGUUGGACCUGGCAGAUCACUUUGACACUGUGGACACCUACGCUGUACAACUGGGACUGAGUCCUGCAGAGCAAAGUGAUGUCAGAAUUGCUCAGCUUGCUAAUGGCACACAAAUAGCGAUGGACAAGGCCUUGAGACUGUGGAGACAGCAUAAUCCAGGGGCCGCUACUUACAGAGCUCUGGUGGAGAUGCUGUUGAGAAAGGGAAAGGAAGCAUUGGCAUUUGAAGUUUGUCAGUCAGCAGCAGCUAAAAAACCUGUGCAGAGGAAAACCUGUGAUGUGCAAUAGAACCUAACUCUCUUAUAAUAAUUAUUGUACUGUCUUAGUUCCUUGAUUUGUGCUUUUUGUGUGAAUUCAUUAUAAAAUGCAUAUGGCCCAGUG